AUGCACUUUGACAUUCACGUUCACGUUGAUAUUGAUAUUGAAGUUCACAUUCACGUUGAUGUAAACGUUGACGUUCACAUUGAUAUUUACGUAGAUGUUCACAUGCACAUCCACGUUCAUGUUGACAUUCACAUUGAUGUUUAUGUUUAUGUUGAAGUUGAUGUUAACGUUGACGUUAAUGUUUACAUUGACAUUCAUAUUUACAUUGACGUUGAUGUUUAUACUGAUGUUUACAUUAACGUUCAAGAUGACGUUUACCUUCGCAUUGACGUUCAUAUUGAUGCUCAAGUUUAUGUUUGCAUUGAAGUUCAUGUUCAUGUUGACGUUCAAAUUGAGGUUGACUUUGACAUUCACAUUCAUGUUCACAUUGAAAUUCACGUUAUCGUUGAUGUUGGCGUACAUAUUGACAUUAAGGUUUACGUUAAUGUUUACAUUAAUAUUGAUGUUGAUGUUUACGUUUAUUUUGACACUUUUAUCAACGUUUUCAAUACUGUUGACAUUGAUGUUACCAUUCAUGUUGAUGUUAAGGUUUACAGUCAUAUUCAUGUUGACGUUGACGUAAACAUAAAUGUUUACAUUGACAUUUGCCUUCAUGUUAAUGUUCACGUUGAUGUUUCUAUUGAUGUUCACACUGACGUUCACAUUGACAUUUGCAAUUAA